AUGGAACGCCCUAUUCCCAAUGGCAAUCUACAGAACCUCUGCCUCUCUCUCAGCAGGAAACUGCUACAUCUGCAACCCCUCCAAAAAAAAACACCAUUCGCCACCCUUACCCUUGGUACCCUUAUGAAAGCAGAUGGUUUCCCUCCCGGCGUUUUCCAAAUCCUCACCGGGGACGGCUCAACAGGCUCUGUACCCAUCCAGAAGAAGGCUCUCGCGGCGGCUGCAGCUAGCAACCUCAAGCGGUAUAAUCAUGAGAAGGGAAUGGUCGAUCGAGCUUUGGAGCAAGGAGAUGGAAAGCUUUUGACGAGCGGAAACCCCGUAGGCGACAAGGGCUUCUGGUUCCCCCCCGCUUUCAUCGAAGUCGCCAAAGAAUCCAAGAGCACAAACAAAGAGAUCUUUGGCCCGGUGUCUGUUAUCGAGAAGUUCAAGGACAAGGCCGAAGUCAUUGCUCGAGCGAAUAAUAGUGAGCAUUGA